AUGGGGAAGCAGCAGAGCAUUGCGGUGGGCCCAGUGCCCCAGUCCCAGAGCCUGGCCCAGCCCACCUCAGCUCAGCAGCAUCCCUCUCCCCCUCAGCCUCCUGAGUGCACCUGGACCCUGCGGUCCCGACACAUCCGGGUGGGGUGGGAAGGUGCAGCACACACACAGACACCCCCUGCUGCAGCUCCAUGGCGACAGAGCUCCUGCCCACAGCAACCCCAGAAAGAGCGGCCACCUGGGCAGAAAAAGCUUUUCAGAGACCCAGUCUGCCGCCGCCACCCUCCUGUGAUCCGUGCACUCUUCAAGACACUCAUCAGCGACAAAGGCAUCGGGCAGCUUUUGCCCAGCGCGCGCUCGGCCCCCGAACCUCUGAGGAUCUGCAGAGCUAAGCUGGUCACCGGACGCCUCCCGCUGGAAGGGGCAGCCUCGGCUCACCCACACUCGCCACGGCGAGAUCGCCAAGUUCUCACCGACCCCGGCAGAGCGGGGACAGGGCGCCCGGACCCACGAGGACAACUCGGUUUCCGCGGGUGCUCGGCCCCCCGGCAGCUCGGAUGUCUCCUCAGAGCCUUGGUUUGGUUCAAGACCCCUCCGGGUCGCGCUCCUAAACGAGCACGCACCAGCGGAGCGUGCUUAAGACACCCAGCCCUGGAGUCACGCAGGCCGGAGGCUCCCAGGCACCGCGACGAGGGUCAGCGGGGCAGACCUGCAGGGCGAGCACCCUACCCUGACCCGGCCCCUCCGGUCUACCGGCGCCUCUGGACCAGCUGCCCAGCUCCGGCCCCCGCCGCACCUCGGCCCUGCUGCGAACACCCUCUCGCCCCACACGCCCCUGCCCCGCGCGUCUCCCGGACCCGAGCAGCGCUGACGGGCGGCCGGGACGGGGCUCUGCAGCCCGGCGCUUCCGGUUUCAAAGUCUCGGGGCGAGCCGGCGGCACUCUCGGGUCCCCCUCCCGCCGCCCCUCCCGCGACUCACGUGUAGCUCGGCCGGGGUUUCGCCCGCAGCUGUUGGCAGGCGCGCGGCUGCGCGGGCUGUGGCCUGGGAGGCGAGGCGCCGGCCAGGCACUGGGCCCUAACGGUCGCUGCCCAAGCGCUCCAGGGUGGAGUCGACUUCAGAAGACAUGGAUUUCAAGUGUUCAGUUUGCCAGGUAGAUUGAAGGGAUGAGAGAGAACGCAGGAGGGCCACUGUGGAGACUGAUGGAGAGGAGACCGCGCCACCUACUGGAAUAGUAGAGGCAUGCAUUUCCUUCCUCGGACUGCUCUUGUGUGACAAGACCCACCCGUGUCGUUGGGUGAGUUGAGCAGGACCCGGGGUCAUACUUUCCAUCACCCAGAGAUCAGUGAGAUCAGACAAGGAGGGGAAAUCCUCCCCUCGGGCCCGAGGUUGCGCUGCUAGCUUCCAUUGCAAGUUACAGUGGAAAGUCUUUGCCCACAGCAGCGCCCCGCAUGGAAAAUGUGAUUUAGCAGCAAACCACCCCCAGGCAGAAAGCAAACCUCAGGGUCUUGCACACACAGAAGGCUCA